AUGCUGUGGACACUGUUGCUGCUGCCUUGUUACAGUGCGUUGCGAGCCUUCCACAGUCGAGACGAACUCAGACAUGCUGUCCUUGGUUGGUCUUAUGAAGCAAGGAGGCACAGUUACCGACAGACCUAUGGAGAUAUUACUGGCUGGGAUGUCUCGGAGGUCACGGACAUGCACAGGCUUUUCUAUGAUCUUGAUGACUUCAACGAAGAUGCCCAGCAACAAUCAUUGGCUUUAGGCACCUGCUCAGUGCCUGGCACAACGGUAACUUUUGCGUGCGCCAGUGAGACGAUGCCCAUGACGGACUGGAUGCUAAGGGUUCACACAACGCCGUGCACCAGGCAUCUUGCACUUCGAGCUAUACACCAAAAUACGAAUAAUUCCAAACAUAGAGCGAAAAGAAUCAAACGUUUUUCCGGGACCGUUACUAAGUGGCUUUGUGGCUGA